AUGUCACUCUUCACUAGCGUGCGCAGAGUGCUGCGCGCCCAGCGGAGGGUGGCCUGGAUCUCGGCGAGCUCGGCGGACGCCGGCCACCCGCUGGAGCACUGCUUGGUCCGCGUGGCGGCCGAGGAGCUUGAGAAUGUUCACAUCUUACCACAGACAGUUCUUUACAUGGCUGAUUCCGAAACUUUCAUUAGUCUGGAGGAGUGUCGUGGCCACAAGAGAGCCAGGAAGAGAACUACUGUGGAGACAGCGUCUGCCCUGGAGAAGCUGUUCCCCAAACAGUGCCAGGUCCUGGGGAUCGUGACCCCCGGGAUUGUAGUGACUCCAAUGGGAUCAGGUAGCAAUCGACCUCAAGAAAUAGAAAUUGGAGAAUCUGGUUUUGCUCUGUUAUUUCCUCAAAUUGAAGGAAUAAAAAUACAACCCUUUCAUUUUAUUAAGGAUCCGAAGAACUUAACACUGGAAAGACGUCAGCUCACUGAAGUGGGUCUUCUGGACAAUCCUGAGCUGCGCGUGGUCCUGGUGUUUGGCUACAAUUGCUGCAGGGUGGGAGCCAGCAAUUACCUGCAGCGAGUGGUCAGCACUUUCAGCGACAUGAACGUCAUCUUGGCCGGAGGCCAGGUGGACAACCUGGCAUCACUGACCUCUGAAAAAAACCCUCUGGAUAUCGAUGCCACCGGCGUGGUUGGACUGUCUUUUAGUGGACACCGGGUCCAGAGUGCCACAGUGCUCCUCAGCGAGGACGUCAGUGACGAGAAGACGGCCGAGGCUGCGAUGCAGCGCCUCAAAGCCGCCAGCAUUCCGGAGCAGAACACCGUGGGCUUCAUGUUCGCGUGCGUCGGCAGAGGCUUUCAGUAUUACAGAGCCAAGGCGAAUGUGGAGGCCGACGCUUUUAGAAAGUUGUUUCCUAGCGUUCCUUUAUUUGGCUUCUUUGGAAACGGAGAGAUUGGAUGCGAUCGCAUAGUCACUGGCAAUUUCAUACUGAAGAAAUGUAACGAGGUGAAGGAUGAGGAUCUGUUUCACAGCUACACAACAAUAGUGGCACUCAUUCACCUCGGGUCAUCGAAAUAAAGCCGCCUGUAAAGUGGCUUCCACGGCAUGUAACUUGGGGACUCUGCUUUUCCGGAAAAUGGAAACUCGGGAUAUGUGUAUUUCCAACAAAAAUAUAAGUCUGUUUUGUCACUUCGAUGCUCUAAAGCUUACGGUAGGGUAGUUUUUAAUGACAAUAGAUGAAGGACAGCUUUGUAGGUAACAGUGCAGAGCGGGAGCCGAGCGCUUGAGCAUCAGGCACGAGCGAACCGAUCGUGACCGCUGACCAGAUUCCGUAGCUGCCAAGUGCGUGAUGUUAGCCGGUCCUGCGCAGGGAGACGGGGAGAGGGUUCCCAGCAGGAUGGAGAUUUACGACAUUUCCUGACCGCCUCUGCAUUGCUCCAUGCUCUUUCAGCCGAAUCACAAAGACAUUUUUCCCCCUUAAUAAAGGAGGAAAGUACGCAGAUGGCUUGCUUGGGAAACCUUUCUCUGCUUUACAGUUUUACCAAUUUUUCAGAACCUGUAACAAAAUUACUACUUUUUACUUAUUUGCUAAAAAUUAAAGAACUUUUUAUUUAAUACUCUAAAGUCGCUUAGUGAAAUAAAUUGCCAAGACUUA